UUGCCUCCAAAUUUCAAUCGGCCUAUUGCGUGAUGUUAAUCAUCGCUGUGUUUUGCACUAUUUGCGGUAAUAAGCGAGCAGGCUGCGACCAGCUGGACGUGAAGCCGAGCCGCUCCGCCUGCAAACGCAUUCAUCGCAUGUUUUCUGUGCCAGCCAGUUGGUCACCAGUUGUUGGUCUCUUCUUGGCGUCCCCUCUCACCAUCAUACCACGCUGACAACAACUGACUCCAGCUUCGGACAGGAAGGUCCCGGCAACUCUGUCCCCCAGUUACCAGGAAACUUGUGCAGCAGAGGAGAGAGUUGUGUAACAGCUGGUGGGAUCAGGAGCCUAGAAAUAGCAGCCCAUCCCCAGUCUACCGCUGCUGCUGCUGCUACUGCUGCAGCAGCGGACAGGGAGGCAUGGGUGUUUCCCCAUUCCCUUUCAUGUUGCUGUUUCAUCUUCUGCUGCAGGGCUCUUCUAACUUUUAUAUCAGUCAGUUCCUUCAGAUUCACAGGAAUUAGACCACAAAGCACAAUAUGAACGCGGCAUUGUUUGGCAUGAAGUUGUUCACCUGUGAUGCCAGUUUGAUCAGUGAUAGGCUGCUUCUUUAUUCUGUUAUCGUAACUGCAUGUAUGCAGAUUUUCUAAUGUUUUAUAUGAGAGGUAUUAGAUCUGAUUCUUUGUUUCCACCAGAGCAUGGCCUGAUCCUCAACUGUUGGCCUCACAGCUGGCAAAGUGUGAGAUGGACAGGUAUCUCUCCCCUCAGUCUCUUCCCCUUCAACCUCCUGCAGACAGCCAGCAGAAGAGAGACAAUGCGUCUGCGGUGGAUCUCUUCUUCACUGACGAUCACACUGGGGCUCCCUACACCCUCAACAUGAAUCUUUACCUCCCUGACGCCGCCUACCUGAGGAUGGGCUUGUGUCAGCAGGCGCGGCCCCCUCAGCACCAGAACCACACAGGUCUCACCCAAAUCAAAACAGAAUCUGCCUCCCCGUGUUUCUCCCCCAACCUACAGCUGCACUGCCCCAACACUACGUCCAUUAGUAGCUGCAGCACUUCUGUGCAUGGCCCCGGCAGUAUUGCCAUGGAAGCCUCAGCCAUAAACAUGACGUUAACGGGGUUGCCAGACUUCACCAGUGUUUUCAACCAGUCUGGAGGCAGCCGUGGUGGAGAUUCAGUGCCAGGAGUGUUUGUCAAACAGGAAAUGUCAUCACAGUUCGAGCAGCAGGCUCUCCACCACCAUGAGAACAACGGCUCGCUGUUUCAGCUACUAAACUCCGGCUUGGACCAUCACCAUGGCAAUGGUAUGGAGGCUCAGCAUCAGCAUCAUCAUCAUCAGCAGCAGCAGCAGAUACAACACACUUCCACUUCUACAAUCCACGCGCCUUUCCAUGAUUUGCCGGUAGCUUCUUCUGCAUCUCAACAAAAGCAGACUGCCAAGCCUGCCUACUGCGGCCUGGUUGGCGGGGCAUACACACAUCCUCAUGCUCAGGCGCAUCCCCAUUUCCUCCAGCAGCAGGUGCCCUACCUGCCGCCCUCUCCGCCGAGCUCGGAGCCCGGCAGCCCUGACAGGCAGAAGGAGCUGCUCCACACCAUGUCCCCUCCUCCUUCUUAUGCAGCCACCAUCGCCUCCAAGUUGGCAGGUAGCACCCCUGGACUGGGACCCGGCCCGGGACCAGGCAGCUUAGCCCUCCCCCUCACUACAGGUCCCACGCCGGUCCCAGGCCAAGCCACAGGCCUUCCCCAAGCCCCUGCAACAACCCCAGCCCCAACCCCAGCUCAGACCACCGUGCCUGCCCGCUACAACCGGAGGAACAACCCAGACUUGGAGAAACGACGGAUCCACCACUGUGAUUACCCAGGCUGCAAGAAGGUCUACACCAAGUCGUCCCAUCUGAAAGCCCACCUCAGGACUCACACGGGUGAGAAGCCGUACAGGUGUACGUGGGACAGCUGUGACUGGCGUUUUGCUCGUUCGGAUGAGCUGACACGUCAUUUCCGGAAGCACACGGGCGCCAAACCCUUCCAGUGUGCCGUCUGCUCGCGCUCCUUUUCCCGAUCCGACCACCUCGCCCUGCACAUGAAGAGACACCAGAACUAGCAGCACUUGCACACACACACGCUACAAAUACACAAGCACUAUCUUUGACACACAUAAAACGCUCACUCCAUCUCCCAAAAGUACAAUGUUACAAGCUGCCUGAUGCAGAGGGACUUGACACCACAGCUCCUCCUGGUGCUGCUAUCGUGUGCUAAAACCGUAUGAUAGCCUAACAAAUGUAUUGCUCUUAAACCCAGGGGACAGUUUGGAGGUUGUAAAGUAGUAAGAUAAUGGCCAGAUGAAGUUCCUGGUCCCUUAACCUUCAGAUAUACUUGGUAUAGAUUUCUGUGGACAAAUACAAAGAAGAAAAAUAAUAACAAAAAGAAAAUGGUAGCUCAAAAAAGUGUCUCCAGUCAAUUUGGACUCUUUUGUGUGACUGGAAUGAAAGCACUUACCACUCAAAACAUGUACAUGUUUUGUCUCUGUUCUAACAUAGAGCUGGCUUCAUAAUUGUUUUUUUUGUAAAGGAGAAGGUUUUGUUAGCAAAACUAGUCAAGCCAAAUCUUUGUUUACUCCUUGGUUUGUUUAUAUAACUGGAAUGUCCAGAUUUUAUUUUAUUUUUUUAAACCAAAUCCUUCGGUUUGCACUAGAAUUAGUAAUCUAAGUCGAAGCCUUUUUGGCCCAUGCAUCUCAAUCACCACCGGAACGAUCAUUAUCACUACUUGACUGAAUCUCUGUGAAUGCCUCACAAAUCAUUGCUGUUGAGAUAUUAAAAAUUGAAGGCAUUUAUACUCUGGAGAGAGGGAAGAUAGUGCAGGAAAAAACAAGGGAGGGGUGGAGAUGGAGAGAGAGAAAGAUUUUAGAGAGAGGAGAUCUGAGGACGACUGAGAAACAGAGGGAGGUGGAUGGUUGCUAAAGAGCAAGAGCAAUUAGGUGAUGAAUUAUUCAUGUUGUCAUUCGAUGGAUUUCCAAUCAGAGAAAAGUAUCAGAACCCUUCGACAUAACCUAAAAUUCAUUCAGUUAAAACAGAAUUGACUGUAUUUGAUGCACAAGCUUGAAUUAAGGGUCUUCAAAAUACAGUUACUGUACAUCGAUCUCAUCCAGCGUUUUACUUUCAAAUGUUUUAACCAAAGUAUCAUCUUCAUUAACACCUUAUGAAGUGCCUCCUCCUCUGGUUUAUGUGUGUUUGUUCAGUGGUAGCAGAGCUGUGAUCAAUAUAGACAGUCUUUUUAAACACACAUGGUGCUGUUUUUAUUUCUUAAUCUAAUGAAUAUCUAGACUCAGCUUGGGGAAAAAAAUAGUACAUUUCUUUUAAAAUACAAGGUUACCCAUCAUUCAUUGUAAUUUAACAGCUGGGCUCAGGCCACUUCACUGACAUCCUGACAUAAUGUGGAACAUUUUUGUUAAAGUUGCAGUCCUUUCUCUGAAGGUUCUCACUCUCUGACUCUGUACACAACUAACUUGCAAUUCGGCUCUAUCAGUCAAUCGAACAUGGGCACACGUUUUGUUAAAGGAUAGGUUCAUAUUUUUUCAAGUCUUUCUUAAAACAAUACUCACAUGCCCAUAUGUACAUUGCAAGAGUUAUUGGUCACCACAAGUGUUCCUCUUGUCCAUACCAGCCACAAAGAGAUCAUUUUCUGUGUAGUUCAAUUGAAGAUAAUGUGGUAUAGGCAUCUUUCAAAGUUAGUCUUAUCAGUGCAAAAUUCCCUCUUUGUGCUUCAGCAGAGGGUGUUUCCUUGUUGAGCUGUGGUGAGGAUUAACACAAAGUUGUGUUGUGUCGUUCGCGAACGUUUCAUUCACAAGAACAAAUCUUUUGAGUGAACGAACUAAACUGAAUCACUUUCUGAAGUGAUUUGUUCUCUCAGUCAGUUGCGAGCGAACCUGCAGGGAUACACUCGCUCACUGAGUGAGUGAUUCAAGUCAUUCGUUCGCAGGAGGAAUGGGGUGUGUUCAAGACAGCAAACACACAGCCGAUUCAGGUUGCUAACAUUUAGCUGCAGUGAUUCAACAACAUUGGUCUUGGACUGCAAUCCAGAUAUAUGACGUUAUCUAGAUUGAUAUUAUAUGCAUAGGCUAACAUUUAACAUUACUGUGAGAAGUGCUGAGCGCUCGCGCGCACACACACUCGUGUGUCACGACGUUACUGUUUUGAAAAGAGGACAAUUAUAAGGAUUUAUACAAUUAGAUUUUCUGUCUGGUACCUUCAGUGUGGUUGCAUUGUUGUGUUGCUUGCCUGAGACCAAGUUGUGACACAAUAUGAAAGAUGGGAUAGUAUCAUAGAGUGGAUAAACAAAAUUGCUGCAUCUCUACUUAAUUAGAUUUCGAUUACAUUUAGGUUACGUUUGACAUUUUUUUUCUUUUUUUUUUUAUCUGACCACCUUUAGUAGUUCACAAUGCAUGGUGAAACCUUCAACUUGAAAAAACAGGGGGCUGAGCCUGAGACUGUCUCAGAUCCUUUCAUUGCGAGGGAACGGUGCAUGUUUAGUGAUUCGUUCACUGAACGUACACAGUGACCGUGAGCCCUGAGUGAUAGACAGUCACUGAGUCAAUCAAGCCCGCACCUCUCCCUUUACAUCCCUCUCAUGUCUUGAAGUCUCGAUGUAGGAAGUAGUACCAAAUAGUUAAUUUAAUAAUUAGGUGUUGCGAAAUUAUACGUGCUGUACAUAAUAGGGUAGGGUACUUUGUUAUAGCAGCUUUCAGUUUCACGUUACUUUAAUCCAACUAAAUUCUCAGCUCACUGACUUAUCUUUCACGAACGACCGUUCUUAGUUCACUAGUUACUUAACGAGCUAAACUGAACGUUCAGCCGUUAUUCAGUUCAGUGAGUGGGAGUACGUGGUCGGAGCUCCGGUCAAGCACUGAGCGAUUUGGGGAACGAAACUUUUGAACUUAUCUUUUUAAUAAACUGAUUCUAUUGAUUCAGUACACUGAAAAUAACUUGUUUUGCCCAACACUAACACAAAGAGGGAAUUUCUAACUAAAAAGACAGAAACUUUGGAAGAUUUGAUUUUAUUAUUAGCUCAUAGUAACUUUGGUUUAACUUUAGAAUUCAUUUUUCCGCAGAACAAGGAUUUUGUCCUCUGUCACUUGCAUUGAAAUCACUCUGGAAAGGGAUCUCAUCACAGUCAGUAUGCACAAGAGGAACACUUGUAUCAAUCAAAAACUUUUUUAAUGUACAUAUACACACGAGAGUGCCAGAAAAUAUGAACCUAUACUUUUAAUAUACACUUGAAUGUCCAUUUUGGCGGUGUGAUUUAGCCUGCGCCUAUAACUGUAUUUGUUCAUUCACUGCAGGUAGCAUAAAGAUAAUAUAGCACUGUAAUGUAUCAUGGUAAAUCUGACUAUUUAUUUGAUUGUGUAGAAGUGGGGGUUGUAUCACAUCAACCGUCUUUCUCCCCAGCAAAAAUGCCUUAAUGUAAAUAUAUGCACUGUAAAUAACUAUUGAUUUUUUUUGUUUUUUCCCUCUUUUGUUAUUGUUUUGUAAACAAAAGGGCAAAAAGAGGAAAUGCCCUGCAUCCAAAAACAUUUGAGCCUGUUUUUCCUUUGGUUUUGUUUUCUUGUCAAAUAUAUUUUGAUGCCAUUGUUUUAUAUAUUGUCCUUCCAACAACUUAUUUUGUAGAUUUGUUUUCUUCCUAGAUAAACGUUCCAAAGACAAAAGUUGCUUUUCUUCAACUGAGUGAAGCCGAUCCUAAUAAAGUCAACUGACACUUUUA